CCUCCAGUUAGAUUCUGUUCUGUGCUACAUUUUCAAGACAUCUUCUUUUUCUCUUACCAGGUUAAAAAAAUUGAUGGGCAGAAUUAUACAGAGCCACUUUUUCUAGCCCUGAAAAGACUCAAGUGUGAAGCUGGGGGGAAAAACCCAUGAACUAGAGGAACAAGGGGUUAAAUAGACAGCUUCAGACCACUGCCGCUAGUUGACUUUAAAAAACUCAUCCUGGGGAAAAAUCAUACAAAAACAUGGAAAGUGAAAAGAGUUUCUGCGGAAGAAGAAAUCUGUGUCCACAUCAAAGGAGUCACACUGGGGAGAAACCACAUAAAUGUAUGGAAUGUGGAAAGAGCUUCAGUCGGAGUGAUACACUUAGGUUACAUCAAAGGACCCAUACUGGGGAGAAACCACAUAAAUGCAUAGAAUGUGGAAAGAGCUUCACUCGGAGUGCUGACCUUAGAUUACAUCAAAGGACUCACACUGGGGAAAAACCACAUGAAUGCAUGGAAUGUGGAAAGAGCUUCAGUCACAGUGGUGCCCUUAGGAUACAUCAAAGGACUCAUACUGGGGAGAAACCACAUAAAUGCAUAGAAUGUGGAAAGAGCUUUAAUCAGAGUAGUGGGCUUAGGGUACAUCAAAGGACCCAUACUGGGGAGAAACCGCAUAACUGCAUUGAAUGUGGAAAGAGCUUCAAUGAGAGUGGUCAGCUUAGGGCACAUCAAAGGACCCAUACUGGGGAGAAACCGCAUAACUGCAUUGAAUGUGGAAAGAGCUUCAAUGAGAGUGGUCAGCUUAGGGCACAUCAAAGGACCCAUACUGGGGAGAAACCGCAUAACUGCAUUGAAUGUGGAAAGAGCUUCAAUGAGAGUGGUCAGCUUAGGGCACAUCAAAGGACCCAUACUGGGGAGAAACCGCAUAACUGCAUUGAAUGUGGAAAGAGCUUCAAUGAGAGUGGUCAGCUUAGGGCACAUCAAAGGACCCAUACUGGGGAGAAACCAUAUAAAUGCAUGGAAUGUGGAAAGAGCUUCAGUCAGAGUCAUAAAUUUAGAUUACAUCAAAGGACCCAUACUGGGGAGAAACCGCAUAACUGCAUUGAAUGUGGAAAGAGCUUUAGUUACAGUGCUGACCUUAGGUUACAUCAAAGGACUCAUACUGGGGAGAAACCACAUAAAUGCAUGGAAUGUGGAAAGAGCUUCAGUCAGAGUCAUAAAUUUAGAUUACAUCAAAGGACCCAUACUGGGGAGAAACCACAUAAAUGCAUAGAAUGUGGAAAGAGGUUUAGUCACAGUAGCAGCCUUAGGUCACAUCAAAUGACUCAC